AUGGCGAGCCUCAACACAGAUGUAGAUUUCAGUGAGAGUCGCGCGAUACAGAUCAAUGUCGUCGGGUGGGUGUGUACGGGUAUCGCAAUUGCGACGACUUCUCUCAAGAUCUUUACCCGGAUAGAGAUAGUCAAGCAGCCCGGCUGGGACGAUGUGUUUAUUUUCUUUUCGCUGGCCCUCAGCAUCAUCGCGACGGCGCUAGUAUCAUACUCGGUGACCCUUGGUCUAGGUCGACACACAGCAGCAGUGAUUGCCGAACAUGGCAUUGAAGGAACAAUCAUGACAGCCAAAUGGCAGAUUAUAGCGUUCCGCGCCUUUAGUUUCCCAAACAUCUCAAUCGCAAUCCUCGUCAGCAAUCUGCUCGACCCAAAUCCUCCCCGCACUUACGCCCUCUACGCCAUGUCCAUCGUCCAAGUUAUCUUCGCCAUGGUAUCCGUCUUCGUCGUAUUUCUGCAAUGCUCGCCGAUGGAAAAGCUGUGGGAUGCCUCUCUCCCGGGUACGUGCUGGGAUCCGUCCGUUUUCAACGACUAUUCGUACUUGCUUAGUGCGUAUACGACCAUGACGGAUAUUGUGUUGGCGAUUAUGCCCAUCAGCGCGUUUUGGAAUCUACAGAUGCGAUUUCCGAAGAAAUUGAGCGUGUGCAUUAUGAUGGGGUUGACGUUGCUCUCUGCGAUCGUUACUAUUGUCAAGGCGACGUAUUUGCAUUUAUUUACGGAUAAGACGGAUCCUCUCUGGAACGUCGUAACGUUAGUGAACUGGGGCCUCAUCGAACAAAACGUCGUCAUAGUCGCCGCCUGCAUUCCAACCCUACGCCCUUUCUUCCGCAAAACCUUCCAAACUAAGGACGCCUCCACCUCCUCUGGCUCCGGCUCGCUUUCUGCGUUUGGUCUCCAAUUCACUUCCAACCCUAAACCCGUCGGCUGCAAGCAUCUCCCCUCCGUAUCGGAACUGCCGCUCAACGAGCAAGAAGCCUACGAUGCGGAGAGCAACGAAGAUCACCGGGCCAUUUGGCGGACAAAAGAGGUCAAGGUGGAGAGUGAGACUGAGGACGGUGAUGAAGGGAGUAUAUUUGGGAAAUAUAGGAACGGUACGCGAGUGUCGCGAGUUGUAUGA